GAUGGGCAAGGGACGUCGUAUGAUCAAGCAGGGUAUGCCCGCACCAUUGGACGAGUCUAAAGUCACCAGGAAACGCAAAGAUGCACCGCCUGCCCCGGAAGCGCCUAUUAAGAAGAGAAAGACAGUCACCAAGGCACCGAAGAAAUCUGCAAAGCCGAACGGAGCCGAGGCAGGUGGCAGAAGCAAGGCGAAACCCGUGAAGAAGGUUGCUCCGAAGCCACCUUCCGACGACGAAGUAUCUUUUUCGGACGAUGAGAGCGAUGGUGAUCUGGAAAAUGGCAUGGAUGGUGUGAAUGUCACAGGCUUGGACGCACUCGGCAGCGCCUCCGAGUCUGAAGAUCUGGACGAGCUCGAGGCUGACGACUUUGGCGGAUCCGACGACGAUGUCAUGGACUCGGACGAGGAGCUAAAGAAGGGGAAAAUGUGGUCGGACGAUGAGGACGACGAUGAAAUCGAGGAGAAGCUCACGGCGGCGAAUAUUGAGGGUCUCAGUAGGAAGUUGGACAUGGAGCGAGCAAUUGAAGAGGCCGAAGCACAAGCUGAGUUGGAAGAGGCACAGAUGCAAACCAACAUCGCUGGCGAUAGGCCGAAAGUGCUGGAAGACGACGAGGAUGAGCAGGGCCGGCCCAUCACCAACCUCGAGACACAAGAUCUGCAACUCCUCCGAACACGAUUGAGCGACACGAUACGAGUUCUCGAUGACUUCAAGAACCUCGGCGAAGAGGGUCGGUCAAGAGCGGAGUACAGGGCACAGAUGCUGAAAGACAUAUGCGCAUACUACGGAUAUUCACAUUUCCUCGCUGAUAAGCUGCUCGACUUGUUCCCUGCUCGCGAAGCUUUUGCUUUCUUUGAAGCCAACGAAACGCCCCGUCCUAUCGUCAUCCGAACCAACACACUCCGAUCGCAUAGAAGAGAGCUUGCGCAAUCGCUCAUCAAUCGCGGUGUUCAGCUAGAGCCUGUAGGCAAGUGGAGCAAGGUCGGUCUUCAGAUCUUCGACGCUCAGGUUCCGCUUGGUGCUACCCCAGAGUAUCUCGCUGGCCACUACAUUCUCCAAGCAGCUUCUUCGUUCCUCCCUGUCAUGGCUCUUGCCCCGCAAGAACACGAACGUGUUUUGGAUAUGGCUGCUGCUCCUGGUGGUAAGACGACGCACAUUGCUGCGCUGAUGAAGAACACUGGAUGUGUGUUUGCCAACGAUGCCAGCAAGGAUCGUGCUAAGGGUCUUAUUGGUAAUAUCCACCGUCUCGGAGUCAAGAACACAGUUGUGUGCAAUUACUCUGCACUUGAGUUCCCCAAGGUCAUGGGCGGUUUCGACAGAGUACUCCUCGAUGCGCCCUGCUCGGGAACAGGUGUCAUCGCGAAGGAUGCCAGUGUCAAGACCAACAAGACCGAACAAGAUUUCAUGAAGCUUCCCCACCUCCAGAAGCAGCUUGUCCUCGCAGCCAUUGACUCUGUCGACCACGCCAGCAAGACUGGUGGGUACAUUGUCUACUCAACCUGUUCCGUCACUCUCGAAGAGAACGAGCAGGUCGUUCAAUACGCGCUCAACAAGCGUCCCAACGUCAAGCUCGUCGACACUGGCCUCGUCUUCGGCAAAGAGGGCUUCACGCGGAUAGGAGGCAAGAUCUUCCACCCCUCUAUGAAGAUGACGCGGAGGUACUAUCCCCACUCUUACAACGUCGACGGUUUCUUCGUCGCCAAGUUCAAGAAGUUCGGCCCUACGCCCGCCAACGCCGUGCUCGCCCAAGGCGUCGCCGGCAACAACAAAUCCCAAUCCAACGGCGCACAAUCCAGCAACGGCACCCAACAGGAAGGCGAAAUCGUCGACAACGCACCCAUCGUCGACGACGAGAACGAAGACGAGACCGACGACUUUGGAGGAUUCGACGACGAAGAGGACCAGAUGUACAUGGACCGCGCCGAGCGCGCAAAACUGCGUCGUAAGGGCCAAAACCCCAAAGCCUCGGCUCCAGCAAACGGCCACGCGAAAUCUUCCCCGAAGAAAGAACAGAGCAAAGAGACCAAGAGCAAGAACGACAAGGUGGAUGCACGUGAUGUUGCACCCGCCGUAGUCGUCGAGGAGAAGAAGGUCACCGAGAAGAAGAUCAAGGCCAAGAAGCCUGUCGCGGGUGAUGAUGCCGCCGCGGUGGUAGUAACGGAGAAAGUCACAGAGAAGGUUAAGAAGCCUUCCAAGAAAGUGAAUGGAAGCAGUACCGCAGCGGAGACGAAGCCGGUUAAGAAGAGUGGGAAGAGGAAGUCUACGUAA